GAGGGAGUGAUGUGUUUUUUAUGCUAAUCAUAAAAGUAGACUCCAAGUAUAAGCAAAAAUAGUGCAAAAUGAAAAAGUGUGGAUUUAACAGGCAGAGUUUUCACAUCACCUGUCAUUUAGAGCCUCUAGUACAUUGGUGAAUUGUUAUGCUGCUAUCUGGAUUGAUAGAAAUGCGGCAUAUAUUACUGCAACACAUAUUUUGGAGGUCCAUAAAAUAUGAGAAACUAUAGCACCCAAGCCAGUUAAUUUGCUUACAUAGUGAAAACUUAAAAAACAAAAACAAAAAACAAACAAAAAAAAACUUAUAUUACCUGUGUAGAACAACAGUGACACCUAAUGGGAAGUUAAGUUAACGAUCUGUACAUGAAUUCUCCACAUCUGUUGCAUAUCAUUGAUGGCUCCUAUUUGCUUUGUGAAAAUGUUGGUAUGUGUUUUUAUAUUCCAGAGAGUAAUUUACUGUUUCAAUAGUUUAGUGACAAUUCCUUAAAAUGGUUAUUCUUUGAUGUCUUAAUGUCAUGAUUUACCCAAAAUGUGUUGGAAUGUCUGGAUAUCAUAAUAUUGCACUUGAAAAUAUGCAGCGUGGCUGUACUGUGCUAUUCCUGCUCCUGAAUAGCAAAAGAUGAAACAAGACUUGUGUAUUUAUUAAAAUUAUACAGCAAAGACAUUGGAAUUAUGCAGCUUGGAUCCUGGAAUUAUGGAGCACUGCCCUCAAGUCUCUUCCUCAUCGCCUGUUCAGCAGUCGUCCAACCAUGUCUUGAAAUGAGUGAUCAUUUGGAAGAAAACUGUACUGAGAAAAGCAAUUCUGCCCAUGAGGAACCUGCAGAAGCAUAUGCCACUCCUGCUAAGGAUUGUCAAAUAGCACAGAAGCAACUGCAACAAAUAGAGCGGCAACUAAAAUGCUUAGCGUUUCAAAACCCAGGACCUCAGGUAGCCGACUUCAACCCUGAAACGAGAGAGCAGAAGAAGAAAGAGCGUAUGGCAAAGAUGAACCAAGAUUUUUUUUAUAAACACAAAACUAUGAAGAAGUAUGACAAACAUGGCAGGCUGCUUUGUAAUAACAUGGAUUUGUGUGACUGCCUGGAGAAGAACUGCCUGGGUUGCUUCUAUCCAUGCCCUAAAUGCAAUUCGAACAAAUGUGGACCAGCGUGUCGCUGUAAUAGAAAAUGGGUUUAUGACAGAAUUGAGACUGAAGCUGGGGAAGUGAUCAGCAUGUUACCAUUUUUUGUCCCUGAAUGAUGUUUUUCUGCUAGCUUUUGUAACUGAGCAAUGUUUUUCUUUUCAUUCUUUUUUGUUUUUUAACCUUUAAUAAAAGUGAAUUUUGGUUUUGUGAAAGAGGCUGGAUUGACUUGGCUAAAGUACCUGUUGGUGGUGCUCAUGCGCCUUUCUUUGCCUCACCAAAGUGCCUUAAUCCUCACAAUUAGGGACAAGUAUAUAUUUCAUUCUC